CUUUAGAAUAAAUAUGGAAACAGACAAUAGUGAAGACCAGAAGAGACUGAGUAGUGAGAAUGGCAUCCUCUGGGAAGACAAGACAGUUGAAGGUAUACUAGCAAAAAGCCACUAUUUCAAUUGUUUUUCAUUAUAUUUAAUGGGAAAACAGGCAGAUUCUAAUUCCAAUACAAAAUAUAUGAAGCUAAAAAGUUGUUUUAAACUUGAAAAUGGCCAAGAUUUAAAUUUUAUGAAGAAACUAGCCUUCUUCAGCCUCUUCAAAGCUAAUAGUUUAAAGUGUAUAAAUAUGGGGAAAAGAAAUAAGCAUCUCAAGAAUUUCAUCUUAACCUCAUUUCCUGCCAAAGUAAAUAUUCUUAUUGAAAGAGGAGGAAGAAAAACUAUUUCUAGAGCCUCUUUAUGCUUCUCAGGAAUCAUCAGAGAUAGUUCUAAAGUUGUGGAUACUGUUAUAAUUCAGAGAUUCAGACUUAAUCGCCGCCAGCUAAAGAGAUUAAUUGCUUCUUUCAGCCAUGUAAAUGUAAUCAGACUUAACACCUGUAUACUUUCAGUGCCUACUCCUUUUACCUUUCCUGAAUCUUUGCCAAGUUCAAAGAUCAAGAAGCUAGAUUUGGAAGGAUCAUGAAGUAUAAAGUACUUGGAUUGAAACAGGAAUUCUGAGCAAUUUAGAAACUUUAUUCAAGGAUUAGCCACAUAUCCUGGAUUUAAGAUGAGUCUUGAUACCCUACGAUUUUCUGCUUAUAAAAAAGAAUGUGAAGAAGCCAACAAUAUACUUUCUGAAAAUGGUUUUGAAAACAUAAAAGUUACUUUUUGGAAAUAA